AUGAAUGCAAAGAAAGAAACAAAUCAAGACGGGAAAAACCAUCGAGCUUCCUUGAGCUUUAAGUUAGAGAGAUCCGGGAAGCAUUUAGAGGCUAAGUUUGGGGGUGCCAACUCGAGCUCGAUCGAGUUGGGUGUAAAAACCAGAAAAGUGGUCUUUUGGAGCAUUCUGGAGCAUAUGGGACAUAAGGAGCAUGGAGGGACUUGGCACAUGGAAGCAGCUCAACUGGACACGCAAAGGAAGAAGGGAGAAGCCAUCUUGAAGACCAGCUCGACCGUCUACUCGACCAACCGGUCGAGUUCCUCAACUCGACCGGCCAAGCUUCAACUCGAUCGAGCUGGAAGUCAAAGUCAAACCCGAAAAAUGUUGCUUCCCCCUUGA